AUGUUCCCGGUCACCUCGCUUCCUACACACUUCACCAAGGUUGUCGUAACAAGUAGCCACACCAAUGUGCUUGUUCAAGAUCACCUUUAUCAGCAUACACAUUACCGAGGUUACUGCAAGAAUGGGCAAUGUCAAUGUGGUUUGGUUCCAGUUGUUCCAUUCGAAUAUUUAGUGCCCGAUGGUGAUAAUCACUCUCGCGUUCCAGAUCACCUGUAUCUCCACACAGAACACCUAAGACGUGGUUGUAGUAAGAAGAAGCAACUUCAGUAUGGUUUGCUCCUAAUAGAUCUGAACGAAUUUUCAGAGCCUGCAGAUGAUAAUCGCAUGCUUGUUCCAGAUAUCCUUGUUUACCGCAAAGAUUACCAAGUGACCGUUGAAGAUAAUCACUACCAUGUUCCAGAUCACCUUUCUCCAAGAGCACAUUACCAAGGUUGUUGUAACAAAUAGCAAGAUCAGUGUGAUGUGGUCCUAAUUCUUUCAAAAUAAUAUCCAGUGAUUGUUGGUGAUAAUAACUAGCCUGUUCAAGAUCACCUUUGUCGCUAUACACAUUACCCAGGCUGUCGUAUGAAUCAGCAACGUCAAUGAGGUUUGGUUCUGCUUGUUCCAAUUGAACUUUCAAUGCCUCAUGUUGAAAUUCCAUAGAAAGAUUAAGUUCGGAAAAGUAGCGUAAAGUUUUCCCGAAAAACAGGUACAUUUGAGAAAUUUCAGUGCUGUCAAAGUUUGAGCAUAUCGAGUGUAAUGCUUGUUUAGGAAACAUUCUUUUAAUUUCUUUGUGAAAUGCUUUCAAAUGUGGAACCAAUUUGAUUUUAUCUUUCCUGCGAAAGAAGCAAACCAUUGUUUUUAGAACCAUGUAA